GUAGUAACAUUGCUUCUGUGGUGCUACCGUGCCACGAGAAGAAAUGCGUAAACGGGCAGAUGAUGAUCAAUUGUAAUAGUGACGUUUCAAAAAUCGUCAUACAUAACUAAAGAUCGAUGACACAGAAUAAUUAUAUUAUUCGACGAACUGUGAUUAAUUUUUUGUCUCGCUAGUAGGUUAUGUUUUCCUUAUGUUAUUGUAUCCACACUUGUAAAAACCGAAUUAAAUAUUAGAACGUAUUGACAAUAUGAUGAUAGAAGAAACAACGACAAUGUCAGAACGAACACGUUUAACGUACGAGAAUAAAGUUAUAUUGGCGCCUAUGGUGCGCAUCUGCACACUUCCUAUGCGCCUUCUUGCACUUGAUUAUGGUGCAGAUAUUGUAUAUACAGAGGAAUUAAUAGACUGGAAAUUACUGCGAUCGUUUCGACGCGUUAAUGAUGUUCUGAAAACAAUUGACUAUAUAGACAAAACAGAUUGUACGGUAACUUUUCGGACCUGUAGUAGAGAGCAAGAUAAAGUAGUUUUACAAAUUGGCUCUUGCAGUGCAACAAGAGCUUUACAAGUUGCCAAAAUGGUAGAGCAAGACGUUGCUGGAAUAGAUCUCAAUAUGGGAUGUCCAAAACUGUUUUCUAUAGUAGGGAAAAUGGGAGCCGCUCUUCUACAGACUCCAGAGGUGGCAACGAAUAUUCUGAAGACAUUAGUUGAUAAUUUGAGCAUUCCAGUAACGUGUAAAAUUCGUGUGUUACCGGACCUAGACAAAACUUUAGAACUUUGUGAACUUCUGGCGUCGACUGGUAUAUCGGCUAUAGCAGUUCACGGUCGGACUGUUCAUGAAAAACCACAGCACGCAAAUCGCAAUGAAAUUCUAAAGAAAAUUUCGGAGAAACUUUCAAUACCAGUCAUAGCGAACGGCGGCUCGAACGAUAUACAGAAAUAUUCCGACAUUUUUAAAUUUAAAGAAGUAACUGGAUGUAGCAGCGUGAUGCUCGCUCGUGCUGCCCAGUGGAAUUGUUCGAUAUUUCGUAAAGAAGGUUUAGUUCCCAUGGAAGAUGUAAUCAAAGCAUAUGUUAAAUACGCUGUAGAUUGCGACAAUCCACCUUCCAAUACCAAAUACUGUAUACAAAAUAUCCUUCGUGAACAACAGGAGUCAGCUUUAGGCAAAAAAUUCCUUAAUUCUCAAACUCUGGAACAGAUAUGCGACGUAUGGGAAUUAAGCGAUUAUUGUCGUACGAAGAGAAUGGAAUUUAAAGAAAAAGGUUUGCUAGGCAGAUCUCAAGUUUUUCCAAUGAGAAACGAGGAUAAACAGGACGAGGAUCAGUCGUCUGGUAAAAGAAAACUAUCGGACGAUGAAGAUGUAGUUCUGAUGCACUGUGCAUUCUUAAGAAAUAAUUAUGCGACAGAUCUUGAAUUACCGAAAACCGUAUUAUUUAAAUGGGCGCAAACGCACAGAAAGAAAAUGCCGCACUACGAUACGCAUAGAAAAGAAAAACUUUUCCGUUCCGUUGUUACUGUCGAUGGAAGAAAAUUUGGAUCAUCCUUCUGGGAAAAGAAUAAAAAAGGGGCAGAACAAGGUGCUGCGUUAGUUUGCCUCUUUUCUUUGAGUCUAGUCAGCGAGAAAGCUCUUAUUGCGAGUGGCAGUAUACUUUCCUGAUGUCGAACAAUUGGAAAAUAGGAAAGAUUUAUCAUGUAUCAAGAAAGCCCAACAUACUUUCAAGGAUAUUUUC